UCCUCUCCAAGCACACUAAUUUAAUUGACCAUUUUAUCCGCUUUGUAUCUCUCAGUUUAUCAAAACUCAGCACAAAGUUAGUUUGAAAAGAAAUCCUACCAACACCCCCCAUUUACCUUAGCCUAUCGAACUUACUUCUACUUUGGUCCAUUCUCAUACCUCAAGAAAAGCAAAAACAGAGUCCUCUGUUUACUCUGUUUUUCCCACUCUAUAUAUUCCUACACCUAUUUGUGUAUGUCAACUAAUUUAUAAGGUUAAUGUCUUCCAAUAAGAAAAGUCUUCUCAGAACCGUGUUCACAGCAAACGGAAGCUGUGGUUGCAGCAAAACAAAAUCCUCUAAAGUGCACGAGCCAACACCAAAGUCGAAAACAACACACAUUCACCAAAAGGAAAACAACAACCUUAGUAGCAUGGCUUCUUCCACCACUUCCCCGGAGCAAGUUGAUGAAGAAGAGUUCACUUCCACCACAAUCUCCGAAUCCGAGACAUUUCACGAUCACAACAACAACAACAACAACAACGACAACAACAAUAUUGUACUCAAACGAAGCCCCCUGGUGAAUAGCGUGGCGAUUGAGAAGGACUCUUCGAAUCCGUAUCAUGAUUUCAGGCACUCCAUGCUCCAAAUGAUCUUUGAGAAGGAGAUCGAGUCAGAGAACGACCUUCAAGACCUUCUGCAAUGCUUUCUUCAGCUGAAUGCGCAGUGUCAUCACCACGUGAUCGUUAAGGCCUUCAAGGAGAUUUGCAAAGAAGCGUUUCCUCACAAGGUUAUUACCACUUCUGUCGUGUCUGAACCAUCUCCCUCUCACAAGAGCCCCCUCAUUGUUCCAAAGAACCAAUGAAGGCCGUGGCAAUAUCAUUAUGCACACAAGGCGUGCUUGUAGUACUUUAAAAAGUUACAUGACUCUGAUUUAAUUCCAAUAUUUUCAUGAUUCACUCUUUUCACUUAAAAAAGCAUAUAUAUACUAAGAUCCAUGCUGGAGUUAAGUUGAUGUUUUCUUCUUUUAA